AUGACCAUCAUCAACACAGGCGCUCUGAGUGAUGGUCAGGACUCAUCAGAGGCCAGCCCCAUCAGAAACACACACACAGGCCAGGUCCGAGGCAGCCUUGUCCAUGUGAAGGACACCAAAAUUGGUGUCCAUACCUUCCUGGGAAUUCCCUUUGCCAAGCCACCUGUAGGACAACUGCGCUUUGCUCCCCCUGAAGCCCCUGAGCCAUGGAGUGGUGUGAGAGAUGGAACCUCACAUCCAGCCAUUAUUUUCACAAAGACUGUUGCCAACCUGUCUGGAUGUGAGGCCAAGGACUCAGAGGCCCUGGUGCACUGUCUGAGAGGCAAACGUGAAGCAGAGAUUCUGGUCAUUAAUAAGGUGUUCAAGAUCAUCCCUGCUGUGGUAGAUGGGGUAUUCCUACCCAGGCAUCCCAGAGAGUUGUUGGCCUCUGUGGAUUUUCACCCUGUCCCCAGCAUCAUUGGUGUCAACAAUGAUGAGUAUAGUUGGAUCCUCCCCAUGGUCAUGGGCUCUGCUCAAACAAUAAAGGAAAUAACCAGAGAGAACCUGCAGGAUGUUCUGAAGAAUACAGCAGCACAAAUGAUGCUGCCUCCUGAGUGUGGUGACCUGCUAAUGGAAGAGUACAUGGGGGACACUGAAGAUGCCCAGACCCUCCAAAUACAGUACACAGAGAUGAUGGGAGACUUCAUGUUUGUGAUCCCUGCACUCCAAGUAGCACAUUUUCAGCGUUCCCACAACCCUGUCUACUUCUAUGAAUUCCAACAUCAAUCCAGCUUCCUCAAGAGUAUCAGGCCACCCCACGUGAAGGCUGACCAUGCUGAUGAGGUUCCUUUUGUCUUUGGGUCCUUCUUCUUUGGCAUGAAACUUGUCCUUACUGAGGAGGAAGAGCUAUUGAACAGGAGGAUGAUGAAGUACUGGGCCAACUUUGCAAGAUAUGGGUGA